AUGCUUGACAAACUCAGCACACAAGAGGAUCUCGAUGAAGUGAAGGCGUUCCUUGCUGACAAACGGCUGGAGCACAACAAGGCGCGACUGAAUCAACUGUUCGAGCAGAUUGAGUUGAACAUCCAGUGGAGACGGUUAAAUGAGCAUCCAAUUCGAGAAUGGUUGGAGAAGUGGGAUGACGAACGGCGAGUAAUCCAACGUCGGCGAAGACACCACAAACGUCACAACCGUCGCCAUCAUUCUAGUCCCCAUGAUUGCAUUGAUUACGCAAUGAUUCAUACCGAUUUUUCUGUCUCUUACCUACCCUGUGUUGAUUGUUGA